AUCCGUUGGCCUCACUGCCUAGUCCACGUGAUGUCGUGACGGCUCGACGCGUCCACAACAACAUCACGAAGACUGUCUGGCGGGACUCGGAUUGUAGUCAUUUGCCACCUCAACAAAUUUCUCUUCUGCUUUCUCCUCCAUCUACGGACCCAUCCCAGUCCCUUACGAGCUUUGAGAACUGACUGCGAACCCUUUCUCGAUCAAAGGCAGUCAAUCACCUGCAUCUGAAAACUACCACCAACACGUGUUGCGCGUCGUGCUUGCUCCAUCAACUUAAAAUGACCGCCGAUAUGGACACCCAGAACGAAUAUGAUGACAGCGGGCUUCCCGGCCCAGGUGCGCCGACACCACUCUCUGCUUUAGAGGGAGUGGCGGGGCUUACAGCCAGAGAUAUCAAACUGUUCGUUGAGGAAGGCUACCGGACGGUUGAAUCGAUCGCAUAUACACCAAAGAGGGUGCUAGAACAAAUCAAGGGCAUCUCCGAGCAGAAAGCCACAAAAGUCCUCGUUGAAGCCGCGAAACUUGUUCCAAUGGGAUUUACAACCGCCACGGAGAUGCAUGCCCGUCGAAGCGAACUAAUCUCGAUCACAACGGGUUCAAAACAACUGGAUACUCUACUAGGGGGUGGUAUCGAGACGGGCUCGAUCACCGAAAUCUUUGGCGAAUUUAGAACCGGAAAAAGUCAAAUAUGUCACACGCUUGCGGUGACUUGCCAACUUCCCUUCGACAUGGGUGGAGGCGAAGGUAAAUGCCUUUACAUCGAUACAGAGGGAACCUUUCGACCGGUGCGACUGCUUGCUGUUGCCCAGCGUUUCGGUCUCGUCGGAGAAGAGGUCCUUGACAAUGUGGCAUAUGCUCGCGCGUAUAACUCCGAUCAUCAGCUACAGCUACUAAACCAAGCCUCGCAAAUGAUGUGCGAGACCCGGUUCUCGCUGCUGGUCGUCGAUUCUGCAACGUCGCUCUACCGGACCGACUUCAAUGGUCGGGGUGAAUUGUCAUCCCGCCAAACUCACCUGGCCAAAUUCUUGCGGACCCUCCAGCGUUUAGCGGACGAAUUUGGUAUCGCAGUGGUCAUAACCAACCAAGUUGUUGCGCAGGUGGACGGUGGCCCCAGCGCCAUGUUCAAUCCAGAUCCCAAGAAACCCAUUGGUGGUAAUAUCAUCGCGCAUGCCAGUACGACCCGACUCAGCUUGAAGAAGGGCCGAGGCGAGACCAGAGUCUGCAAGAUCUACGACAGUCCUUGUCUCCCCGAAAGCGAUUGCCUCUUCGCUAUUAACGAGGAUGGUAUCGGGGACCCAAGCCCCAAGGACUUGGAAAACGAAUGAGGUAGUCGUGUCUGUUUGACCGUUUAGCCAUGAUAUGACGAUUAAGACGUGUGCUUAUUUAAUUUUGCUUUCGAGUUAGUACAUAUUAGAUAGUUUAUUUAUAAUUCACCGCAAAGAGUAUGGGACAUGUCUUUUAGUGAGAUGGUAACGGCAAUAGUCAUUACCUGAGUAUCUUAGUACCCGGGUACAAAUAGUAGUAAAACAUGAUUCAUG